UACAGUGUAUACAUUGUGCCCUUGGUAGAUAGCAUUGUAUUUCAAAGUGGAUCAUCUUUCUUUGAUUGCUGGGAAUUAGGAGCAUAUUGAGUGAGGAGAACAUAAUUAACAAGAGUUUGUUGUACUGUUUCAAAGAUUCAGACCACAGGGUAGGAGCCAUGUAGAAUCUAGGUUCUUCAACUAGGUAUCUAAAUCAUAUCUCUUGUUUUUUAUUGUGUAGAGAAAGAUUAAAAAGUAAACUGUUGGAGUUUUUCUGAAGCCAGGUAGAUAAUAGGGGAAAGUAUGUACAGAAAGUUUAAGAAUCUGCAUUCUUUAAAACCAGUCUUCAGAAUAUUGCUGACAUAGUUUUUCUAUAUAUGGAAGUGAUUAAUGUCAAGGAGUGAGGAACUACCAAGUAUAUAAAGAACUCACCUGGGAGCUUUUUCAAAUAUCACUAGUACUUUAGAUGUUUGUCUCCAAACACUGGGAUCUGUCCAGAAGCCUAGUGCCUUCUUCAAACCGUGGGAUAGUGAUUCUAGUAUAUGCUUAUCCUGAAUGAUGUGUAAAAUGAAAACUGGAUACAACAAAAUAUUUGUAAUCCCAAUUUUGCAUGGAAAUCUUUAAAUAAUUCAGGUUUCAAGGGGAGACCAAUGAUUUGGUAGUCUGAGUUACUUUGUGACUUAAUGCAGUUAGGUGAGGGUCUCCUCCCUUUUAUUUGCAAUUACACUGCAGUGUAGGAGAUAGAGUUAAAAUACAAGGGAAAUUAGGGCUUGCCAUAUUUUGUACAUUGGUCAUCUCAAGCUUCAUUUGGCUCAGUCAUUAAGUUAGCCAAAUAUGAAGAAUGAAUGUUACAGCAUCCAUGACUUAGUUCUUUUUUAGUAAGUCUAGACAAGGUUGCAAAAACAAAUAUACACAUAUUCAGCAAGCAUUUCUUAAUUACCUUCCCUUCAACAACGGUGAUCACCUUCAUUCCCAUUAACUUCCUUACAUCCAUGGCCGGUUGCUGGGCCUUGUUAUCAUCUGGAAUGGAGCACCCUAAAAAUCUGGAAUCCCAGGAGGUCUGAGUAGGUCUGAGUUUAUGGUAAAAACUUGAGAACAUCAGUUGUGUCUUCUAAGCAGACAUCGUACUAAUGUUUAAUACUUAACAGACUGUGUUCGUGUCGUUACCUAAAUUUUUAUAACAUAAUUCUGUUAUCUCAUUUAUGUGUACAUAUUUUCCAUUUGGUCAAAACUGAUUCAUUGUACUAGAAAAGAUACAGGGUUUCUUAACCUCAUUUACAGAGAUGCAGAGGCAAAGUGAAAUGAGGAGCCAUGCUAGGUGUCUCUGAGGCAAUUUGGAAAUUCAUAUCUCUUUUAGUUCAGAGGUACUGAGCCAUUAAGGAUCUAUGAAUCAAACUCAGGAAUGAUAUAGUUAGUUACUAACUUUUAUUGAGUGCUUAUGUUGCACCAGCUAGGUUAUAAAUGUAUUGUAUAUAUUAUCCACACUCUGUAUGUGGUGGACACUAUUACCACCUUUAUUUUUGUGUGUGAAGAAACUGAAGGGUUAGGUAAUUUGCUCAAGGUCACACAAGGUGGCAGAGCUCCGAUUCAAACUUAGGUCUAUAACUUAAUUCCUACGAAAUUUGUGGAACCCUUACUCUUAAACUGUGUUUUCUUGACACCUUAAAAUAUUAUGAGAAAAGAAAAAUUCCUGCAUCUUAGAUCAGGAGGUGACCUUCAGUUUUUUUCAGGCAGAUACUCUUUAACUGAGGCCCUAGAAUGUGAUGACCUUGACAAGGUCACUUGGCUUGGCAAGGGGAGAGCCAGGUAUAACCCAGAUUGUUGGAUUCCCAGACCAGUCUCAUUCCACUGGACAGUAUUGCCUCUUCUGUGGAAACAUUGGCUCGAUGAUAGGGAUGACUCUAAGGCCCUUUUAUAUUUUGACAAGUUUGCCUCAUUCAUAGGAAGGAGAAUGGCAGAGGACAUUAUUAAAGAUACAAAUGACCUUCUUGAGGUUUAUUCCAGCCUCAGGCAUACAACCUAGGAAGAACAUUCCUUAGCCAGCAAGUUGUUCUUUUCCAUUCAGUUUCUUGUGCUCAAAGCAGACUUAUUGUGAGUUAUCUGAUGUCUUCCAGUCUCUUUUCAUUUUGUUUACUCAGUUUUUCAUGCAUGUGCUGUGACUAGUUAGGAAGGCUACAAGGUCAUUUUAGUAUUUUCCCAGUGACUCAAAGUACCUAACAUAAUUUAAGUAGAUUAAUCAUAGGAAGAAGUGGAUUUAAAAUACUUUGGCCAAAAAAUGCCAUUGGGAGGGGGUAGUGUAGUUGCUGACGCUGGAGUCAGACCUGGGAAAGAAUUCUGUCUGCGUUUACCCUCUGUGUGAGCUCGGGGUCAGAUUCUUGACCUGUCUAAGCCUUAGUUUCUUCCUAUGUAAAGUAGUGGUAAUGAUACCUCUGUUACAGAGUAGUUAUGAAAAAUGAAUACAGCAGCAUAUGGUAGGUGCCUGUCACCAAGUGGACCUUAGUAAGUGAGGGAGCACAUCACUUUCUUUUUAGAACAGCAUAAAAUCUGUCAGCCUGUUAAAGCUUCCCCAAUGAGGAGGUCGUUUGUAAUCGUCUGUUCUUUCAUGUACAGUAAGAUUUCUACAUGGGGGAGCAACCACUUGACAUGAAAGAAAUAACCUAAUUUAGUUGUGGUGUUGUGAUUUAGGAGCUGAUUUAUAGUGGAUCUCUGUUAUUAUUAGUCUGUAUUAUUUAUGAAUGCACAAAGCAGUAGUAUCUUCUGCUUCAGAGUUAGGUUGUGUCCUGAUUGCCUCUGUUCAUUCUUGGGUGCUAAGUGGUAAUGAUUUUGAUGAGAUGAGAACUUUUCUGUAUUUGCCAAAUAGCAAUAAUUACUAAAAUCAGAACAACCAGUUUUAUCUUUAAAUCCAGAAAGAUUUACAUUAUAGUCAUUUAAAACUUUUUCUAGGGGUGCCUGGAUGGCUCAGUCUGACUCUUGAUUUUGGCGCAGGUCAUGAUCUCAUGGUUUGUGAUCAUGAUCUCCCAGUUUGUGAGAUCGAGCUGCACAUCAGGCCCUGUGCUGAUGGCACAGAGCCUGCUUGGCAUUCUCUCCCUGCCCCUCCCCUGCUUGCACUUUAUCUCUCUCUCUCCCUCUCUCUCUCUCAAAAUAAAUAAACUUAAAAAAAUUGUUUUUCUAAUUGUAGAAGUUGUCAGUUGAAGUGGGACUGUCAGUUUGGCUCGUAGUCACCUGGUAACAUUUUCUUUGAAGUAAGCAGGAAGACAGCAUUGUAAAAUGGUUCAAGAAAAAAAGUCUGUCUGCCUGCAGAAAUUUUUUGCCAGGUUGCGAAAUUUGCUGCACCCUUCCCACACUUCUCCAUGUUUUAGCAGUGAUGUACCUGAUAACAGUGAGGCAACAUUUGUGCUCAUUUUCAGUGUGAGAGUUGUAUUUUCUGUUUUGGGUUAAGUCCUUACUUGUUUGCAGACAGAUUACUUCUAAAUUCAGUGUACUUUUAUACUGUGAGAGCUUUCUAAUGGAUAAACUUCACGUGCAGUUUAGAGAGAGGGACUAGGCUAACCUUUGCAUUUGAAUGUUUCCAGUGGAAUAGGUUUACCUUAAAGGUUCAGAUCUUCAUGUCCAAGGUACAUAAGGUGUCCUCGUUAGAUGAAUACUCUCCAUUUAAAAUCAACGGUGUCUUGUUACAGAUCAGAUUUAAGAAUUCAUCUUAAGUACAUUCAUGGGUAUGAGCUAUAAAUAGUGAUCUUGACCAGUGCUUCGAUGAAUGCCUCAGUGACUCAUAGGGAAUGAUAUCGAAGUAUGGAAUAUUUUGUAUGAUGUCACUGGCUUAAAUCUAUUAGAGUUAAAGUCGUCCCACCCAUUACCUGUGGUUUCGCUUUCUAUGGUUUCGGUUACCCAUGGUCAACCGUGGUCCAGAAGCAGAUGAUCCUCCUCUGACUAUUGUCAGAGGAUCAGUAGUAGCCCAGUGCCCUAUCACAAUGUCUGUCCUCACGUCACUUCAGCUCAUCACGAAGGCAUCUUAUUUAGCGGCAUCACAAGAAGGUUGUCAGAAUGUCCACAGAAGGAGGAUUUGGUGGCACUAGCAGCAGUGAUGCCCAGCAAAGCCUCCAGUCCUUCUGGCCUCGUGUCAUGGAAGAAAUCCGGAAUUUAACAGUGAAAGAUUUCCGAGUACAAGAACUCCCACUGGCUCGUAUUAAGAAGAUCAUGAAACUGGAUGAAGACGUGAAGAUGAUCAGUGCAGAAGCCCCUGUGCUCUUUGCCAAGGCAGCCCAGAUUUUUAUCACAGAGUUGACUCUUCGAGCCUGGAUCCACACGGAGGAUAACAAGCGCCGGACUCUACAGAGGAAUGAUAUCGCCAUGGCAAUUACAAAAUUUGAUCAGUUUGACUUUCUCAUCGAUAUUGUUCCAAGAGAUGAACUGAAACCUCCAAAGCGUCAGGAGGAGGUGCGCCAGUCCGUGACUCCCGCCGAGCCCGUCCAGUACUACUUCACACUGGCUCAGCAGCCCGCUGCCGUGCAAGUCCAGGGGCAGCAGCAGGGCCAGCAGACCACCAGCUCCACGACCACCAUCCAGCCUGGGCAGAUCAUCAUCGCGCAGCCUCAGCAGGGCCAGACCACACCUGUGACCAUGCAGGUUGGAGAAGGUCAGCAGGUGCAGAUUGUCCAGGCCCAGCCGCAGGGUCAAGCCCAGCAGGCCCAGAGCAGCACCGGACAGACCAUGCAGGUGAUGCAGCAGAUCAUCACAAACACAGGAGAGAUCCAGCAGAUCCCGGUGCAGCUGAAUGCCGGCCAGCUGCAGUACAUUCGCUUAGCCCAGCCUGUAUCAGGCACCCAAGUCGUGCAGGGACAGAUCCAGACACUUGCCACCAGCGCUCCACAGAUCACACAGACAGAGGUGCAGCAAGGACAGCAGCAGUUCAGCCAGUUCACGGACGGACAGAGGAACAGCGUGCAGCCAGCCCGAGGCUCUGAGCUAACGGGAGAGGCAGAGCCCAGAGAAGUGAAAGCCACGGGAAAUGCAACUCCCUGCACCUCUUCCCCGCCCACCACACACACCCCCUCACACCGGGCCGGAGCCUCCUGUGUCUGCUGCGCCCAGCCCCCGCAGAGCCCCACUCCCCCUCCUCCCUCCGACGCCUUACAGUGGGUGGUGGUCGAGGUGUCCGGGGCCCCCAGCCAACUCGAGGCCCAUAGGGAGCUGCAUGCCCCUCUCCCGGGGGUGACCUCACUCUCUCCUCUCCACCCCUCGCAGCAGCUCUACCAGAUCCAGCAAGUCACCAUGCCCGCCGGCCAGGACCUCGCCCAGCCCAUGUUCAUCCAGUCAGCCAACCAGCCCUCCGACGGGCAGGCCCCCCAGGUGACCGGCGACUGAGGGCCUGAGCUGGCAAGGCCACGGACGCCCAACACAAUUUUUGCCAUACAGCUCCGGGCGAUGGGUACAGCCUCCCUCCCCAGAGGACCCGGCCGACCUCCGCGCCUCCUACAGGCUAGGACACUGGUGCACUGCGCCCCACGCUGGAGGCCGAGAUUCUCCAACAGAAAGAUGCAAUAUUUUUUAUUUCCUUUUUCUCCAUUUUUUCUCCAAGGAAACAAUAUUUCAGUAUGUUGAGCUGUGUGUCCAAUGCUAUGAAAUGAAUAUUAAAUAACAUAUUUAUGGCAUUUUCUUGAA